UCGAGACUCCGGGCGGAAGGCAAUCCGCUCGAAUCCGACGGAGCGCGAGCAGGUUACCCCGGGUAGCGCGGCGGCUGGUAGUCCUCGUUGCCCUGUCAUUGGAGAAGGCAGCCCUCGUAGGCGGAAGGAGCGAGAGAGCGAUCGACACGCGAGAAAGAGUACGGGAAGAGAAGGUGGAGGAAGUGAAGAAGGAGGUGGAGGACGUGGUCACGAGCUUCGUCGAAAGCGCCUGCGCUCCGACACUCCGCGCCUUUCGGCUCAUCGGCUUCGACUAGGCUCGAGCAUCGCGACGACGUAAAAGCUCGCGUCGCGAUGCGUCGUCAUCGCGCGAGCAGGCAAGAAGUCAUUCCGCACCGCUACUGAUCGGAUCCGCAAAAUAGUGACUUGUGUGUUCUUUCGCGUCACGGGACGAGACUGCCGAACGUGUCGGAACGCUGUUAAGGUCUGCCGGAGGACAGUGACUGACGGUGUGUUUUUAUGGUGCACAUGUGACGUUUCGGUGGACAUCGCUUUCGGGAACCAAUGGGAACUGCAGUCGUUCGGCAAAAAUCUAUCGAACUUUCAGUGAACUCUUACCGCAGGAAUGCAAUAAUAACCGAAGAGUAUUCGAGUUGGACAAAUUGGCAAGUAACUUUUACCAUAGCGUCUAAUGCAAAUUGGACAAUGUUCGCGCAACGAUAUUGCCCGAUGCACGAUGAGGAGCGCGAAUGUUUUUAGCCGCAUAUUCCGAAUUCGCGAAUAUUUGAGCUCCAAACCGCGCUCGAGGGCAUUCAUCGACGUUCCGAUUACUCACCGAUUAAUUUCCGACGGAAGAUCGCGAGAUCGGCGCGAGAUGCGUUGAAAAAAUUCGUCGGAUGCGAAACGGGGCGCGAUCUGAGGAUAAACUUGGUGCAUCCGCGGAGAAGAACGGGAGAAGGGAGGAGCCGUUGCUGAGCGUGGAGGGGGCGGAGGUGAGAUCGUCUGGUGAUGAUGAUCGGUGGCGGCGUCGCGACCCCUCCUGGUACUGCCAAGUCGGCGGCUGCGAUCGACGGCGAAAUGGUGCAGGUCGACGGCAUUGGCAGUGGUAGUGUCAGUGGCAGUGCUAGUGGUAGUGGCAGCCCUGCGACGGGCGCGACCACCACGCGGCUUGCGAACAGUAACAAUAGCAAUAACAAUAACAACAACAACAACAACAACAACAACGGAGACGUUAGCAACAAUAACAACAACAAUGACGGACACGCGGUCGCGAAUUGCGCCGGCACGAACGCCUCGAGCGCGAGCGACAAGUUCUGCUGUCAGGACGAGGACGUUCCCGUCAGCACUGGUGUCACUCGACCUUGGGAACCGCCCUCGCCGACCUUCUCUCAGACGAGAUCGCAUCUGCUGCAGGUACAUCCGCCGCAUCACCACCAGCAUCCGGCGGCGCAUCAUCAUCAGCAGAUGAACGUGCCGGUUUCCCUAAUCGACGGGGUGAACUUGCAAAAUUGCACGGCGGGUCCGUUCGCUAGCGGCAAUAACGGCGGUGCGACGCGGCAGCGCCUAAUCGAAUUGUCACAUGGAUUAGGAGCACUAAGGCACUAUAACGAUCUUGCCAAUCACGUACUGUCCUUAAAUCAACAGGGCGCAGUCGUCACGAAACUUUUGGGUACGCUGCGCCCGCCGGGUCUGAUCGGUGGCAGUAAGCCGAAAGUAGCGACGCCGGCUGUCGUCGCCAAGAUCGAGCAAUAUAAAAGGGAGAAUCCGACCAUCUUCGCUUGGGAAAUUCGGGAGAGGCUAAUCUCCGAAGGGGUUUGCAGUAACGCGACGGCGCCGUCGGUCAGCAGCAUCAAUCGGAUAUUGCGGAAUCGCGCGGCGGAGCGCGCGGCCGCGGAAUUCGCGCGGGCCGCCGGCUACGGCUUGUACGCGGCCGCCGGACCGCAUCCGUACUUCAACUCGCAUCAACAUCCAACGACGAGUCACCAUCUGCCGGCGGGCUGGCCGGCACCAGGAGCGGCCGGGCACCCGUGGAUGCUGCCGCCUCUGGCCAGCGGUAUCUCCGGCGCCGCCGCAUCCGCUCUGCUCUUGCCACCGUCCUUGAGUCCUGGUGCAGCAGCCGCUGCGGCCGCGGCCGCGUCCGCUUCCGCCGCGGGCACCACCGAGCACGCGCUUCACGCCGCCGACGCGAUCGCUCGAGGAUAUUUACAAGACGGCGACGGAGACGACGGAAGCUUGGACGGUUCGGAGCAGCCAAAGUUCCGACGCAAUCGUACGACUUUCAGCCCGGAACAGCUCGAGGAGCUCGAAAAAGAGUUCGAGAGAUCGCACUACCCUUGCGUGUCCACGCGCGAGCGCCUCGCCUCGAAAACGUCACUCUCGGAAGCGCGCGUUCAGGUUUGGUUUUCCAACAGACGGGCAAAGUGGCGUCGUCACCAGCGCAUGAACCUCUUAAAGCGUUCGCCACCACCGCCUCCACCGCCACCGCCGCAGCCGCAGCCGCCGCAGCAGCAACCGCACUCCGCUACGUCCGCUAUGGAAAUCGGCCAGCGUACGUCCAGCUGCUCCAUCGCCGGCAUGGGCGGCGAAAGUAGCGCGUUUCGCGCGGUCACCAAUUCCAGAGACGCGAAUCUCGACAGAUCCGAGAGGAUCGACAGGCUCGAGUCGGUGUCGAAGCAACCGGAGAGGAAGCCCAGCGCCUUCCGGAUGAUCAGCCAGCUGGUGGGCGACGACUCGUCCGGACUCUCGAGACCGACCAGUCCCGCGUAUGAACAGCGGCACGGAGCUGGUCUCGGUCCGAGGCCGGGAUCGGCGCACAGGAUACGCUAUGAUCAGGACGAGGACGAGGACGAGGAGAUUGACGUUCAAGAUUCCGAUCAGGACGUGCCGUCGUCGCCGCCAGUCGCUUGGAGGGAUCACUGGACUGAUCAACAACCAUUGGAACUGACCAAGCACGAUCGUUGAGCGAGAUGUGAUAUCUCAGUUUUUGGGUUUCGAUCGACGUGGCGAUUAAAUUCGCAGUGAUGUCAAAGUCGGAAAAAAAUCUAUCGAGUGAUCGCGUUGUUUCUUUAUUUAUUGGAAAAUAAUUCUGUAAAUUGCACGAAUCGAUAAUUGCUAGUGUUCGGAGUGUAAGUGCGAAGAUGAAAAUGUUUUUUCACUUUAUUGGUGCUCGAAAGAUCCGCGGAAGAUAUAAAUAAACCGCGAGAAAAUUGCUAAAUCAACUAAGGCGGGAAUGUCGAUCUGGAACAUCGAUGUUGUUCGAUUGAAACGCGAGUGACAAAGUGGAAAUGGACCGAUAACGUGCCGCAUCAGCAGCGAACGAUCAUCGUCGACGAGUGUCAGAUGCGGCACUAUGUAUUUAAUAUUUUCUCUCUUCUCGUUAUUAUCGGGCUCGGCUCUUCUCUAUUGGUUGUCUAUAAUACUUAUGGAACUACUUAUUACGAACGAUUUCUUACAAUUACGGUUAAAUGUGGCGAGAGCUGUGUAAUAUUAUAACGCAAUGUCACUGUAAUUAUUAUUGUUGAUUAGAUAGACGAUCGAUCGCGUGACAGAUGCAAACGCUGUUAGUUCGCUCAAAUCUACCUGAGGGGCCGCUCGUGCGAAUCGAGAAUGAAAUAUAUCGCGAGCAGGGGAGAGCGGUGAGGUUGUCCGAGCUCAUUCGGAACUAGUCCUAGCGAAUCAUUAUGAGUUAGGGGUGUGCGUUAUCUAGGUAUUUCAAAUAGAAGUAAGCGAAAACACAAAUAAUCCUGUACGAACUGUCCGUUUCUGUGAAUAUCCGUCACAACACCUCUCUUGUGUAAGAAAAAAAAAAACUUCCAAAUUUUCAUUCCAACUAUUCUCCAACGGACAAAUAUUUUCGGCGAGCCGUCAAAUAUCCGCACAA